GGACCUUCGCUAAUCUCAAGAAAACAAUUUGAUGAAUUAUAUAAGGAUUUAUUGGACCAUACUUCCUGUAAUAAGAAUAGCAAUGCAAAACCUUACAUUGGAUACAGUUGGGAAGAAUUAAUGGACUUUACAUUUGUAAAACAAAAUAUAAAGUAUAUUUAUCGUCAUGAUUUUAAUUUCACAAACUUGAAAAAAUCACUUCACAUUAAUGAUGACAAUGAAGUAUAUAAUAUCACUAAUAUUAAACAGAGAUAUUUUGACUACAAUUUAACAAACGAUCUUGUAGAACAUAUAAAUUUGGACUACUUAAGCAAUAUAUCAGAAAAAUUAUUACAUUUUGGAA